GUCUGUGAUAUAGAUUUAGGUCUCAGGGGGACUCUACUCUUAACGCAAUAAUCGAUGGAAUAACUCUUCUUCCAAUUCGCACUUUUAUCAUAACAGCAUUAAUCCGAAACAAAUGGCUACAAAUGAGAUUCAAGUUGAGGAACCAGAGGUAGAAGACAAUGAUGCAGAAGAUGAGUCUAAAGGCAAGAAAGUUGCCAAACACGAUGCCGGUGCUGCAGACUUGGAGAAGGUUACAGACUAUGAGGAAGAAAAAGAAAUUGCUGCCCAGGAUAUUCAAGAUGCUAUCAGAGUUGUCAGUGAUCGACAAAAUAAAGAAGCAAAGGCCAAACAUGAAAAAGAGAAAGAGUUAUCCAAAGUCAAGAUCAAUAAAGAUGAUGUGGAUUAUAUUGUCCAAGAAAUAGAGAUCUCAAGGUCAAGGGCUGAGCGCGUGUUACGAGAAUACAAAGGCAACGUUAUUGAGGCUUUAGUAUUUUUAACCAAUUAAAUUUUGUAAUAUAAAUAUUGAAAUGAAGUUUAA